AACAUCGACAUCGCCCUCUCACUCUCCUGAUCCCCUUUGGUUCUACAUAUUGUACAAGGACCUUGCCAGGACGACGACGUUACUUCUCUGCCCUUCCCUCAAGACAAGCUGCUGGACUUGAAAUAGCACGGGAGAGACGAAAACCUACUACGAUGACAAUGCUUUCUUCCUCCCCGUUCUUGGGUAGCCCUUAUCAUCCAACGUCUAUUAUGUUGUUAAAGCAGACAGCCGAAGAACAAAAGGAUAGGAUGAUGAAAAGAGAGCUCUAAACUGAAAUGUGUUUAUUUCCCAUGUGGGUUGUCUGGCAGAUGAGCUUCGGGUGCUGAGAGUUCUGAAACCUGCAAAUGUGUUUAUCCCGCCUUGGUCUGUUGGGUUAUAUCAAGUUCACUGGCCAGGGAUAUGGGGAAACAAAGGUGUCCGUAUUUACAAGAUAAAGGAGAUGGAUCUCUUCUCAAUGAAGAUGACUAUGGGUUCUGGAAGGCCAGGGGACCCACAUACUAUGUUUCCUUUUCACUCUAUGAUGCCCUCUUGACAGAUACUGGUGGUGGAAACUCCCUCAAUGUGCAAGGGACUGUCCAAGAUCUGAAUGUAGUAGGUGCCGCGGGCUGCUUCCUGGAGGGUAUUCCUGUUUUUGCAAUUGGUGUUGGGCUCACUACAUGUGAUAAAGCAUGUGGAUCACGUGAGCUUAUGGCGGUAAUCCAGUUUGUAUCUUCCUUUGCUAGACUUGCACGUGAUACAUGAUAGGUAAAGGCUUUCAAUGAUCUUAUGCAGGUUAUUCUUUUCAUUAUUAAGUUUCCACUUCUUUGUGCUAUAGUAAAUAAGAUGUUCUGCUGAGUUGUUUUGAUAUCUGCAACAACAGACUUUAGUACUUACCUGACCAAAGAAGUCUUGUGAUAUCCAUCUUUUGUUAUGAAAUCAUCAUAGCAUAUCAUUUUCAAUUUCAACAGAGGUUGAUGUGGUUGGUAUGAAGAACAUCAAUGCAAAGGAUUUCUUAACUAUUUCACAUGUUCUAUAUUAGUCCUGAAAGGCAUUUAUCCUUCUUUGCCCAAGAAAACCAAGGGUUUUAAAAUCUUUGGAAUCUGGAUUGCUCCUGGGGCUGUCUUAGAAGACUUGUAGUCAGUUCUUGCUUGCUGCAUUGCUGUUUGUAGUCAGUCAUAUUGGACUAGCCAGUUUGGGGUGCUGAAGAAUUGAAAAGGUCGAGGGGAGUCAAGCUGGAAGCACAUAGCAACUGUGUAUAUAGCAUCCUAUAAAUUUUAUACUUGCUGAAGGAUCUUAAGCUGGACUUUCAACUGCUGUGAGCAGAAAGAUGGUUCCCAGAUUUGAUGAUGAUUUGUGAUGUUGGAGCUGCAAGUUGUACAAGGAACUCUUUGAACUUUGAGAGAUGAAUCUUGUGGCACUAGGCGAACCAGUGCAGAAACUUGCUGGUCAUUUUGAUGUUUUUUUUUUGUCAUUAAAAUGUAUACAUAAGCAUGCAAGAGAAUCAAAUUUGGCUGUUCAGACUUAUGAAAGAAAGAGACCUGGUUACUUAAAGCUGC